AUGUUUAGAUCAUCACCAAGAAGAGGACAGAGAUCAAAGGGGUUCAAGGUGAAGCAUUGUAUACAGCUGACUCUGUUGCUUGGUGUUGGGAUAUGGCUGCUUUAUCAAGUGAAGCAUUCUCAUGAGAAGAAAGCUUUGUUUGAACAAACCUCAAAGGCUGUUGUUGGUGAGAAAGGGAUGGUGAAGCUGGGGAGGAAAGAUCUUAACCCGGGUGUUGUCGUUGAGGAAGAAACUGAGAGUUUUAAUGAUAAAGAGAAUGAGUCAAGAGAUGAUGAGGUUGUAGAGAAGGAAAGUGAAGGAACCAGGAACGAUGAUACGUCCACCAAUGAAGAGAGCACUGAGGUUGUAGAAGAGAAUAAGGACAAGGAAAGUGAAGGAACAGGGAAGGAUGAUUCAUCCAACAAUGAAGAAAGCACUGAGGUUGUAGAAGAGAAUAAGGGCAAGGAGAGUGAAGGGAACAAUGAAGAAAGCAGCGAGGUUGAGGCUAAGAAUGACAAUGAAAAUGGUGGUACAGAAGAAAGCAAGGAGAGUGAGAUUGAAGAGAAGAAAGAAAAUGUCAAUGCAGAAGAGAGUGAAACUGAGGAGAAGAAAGAUAAUGUCAAUACAGAAGAGAGUGAGAUUGAGGAGAAGAAAGACAAUGUCAAUACAAAACAGAGUGAGGUUGAGGAGAAGAAAGACAAUGGUGGUACAGAAGAGAGUGAGGAGAAUAAAGAGAAGAGUGGUACAGAAGAGAGUGAGAAUGGAGAGAAAACGAUAAUAGAGGAAGUGACUGAUGAGAAAGAGAAGAAGGAUAGUGAAGAAGCAAGAGAGAACAAUUACAAAGGAGAUGAUGCUUCUAGUGAGGUGGUUCAUGAGACAGAUGAGAAGACUAGUAAGAAGGUGGAGGAAGACAAGACCGGAGAAUCAUCGGAAGACACUGUUAUUAAGAGUGUUUUGUCGACUGAUAAUGAGGGAAGCAGCAGUGAUGAGAAGAACACUGGUAAUGAUUCGGAUUCCUCUAGUGAAAUAAAGUCUGAAGGUGAGUCUAUGGAGAAGAAUGAGAGGGUGGAGAAGGAAGGGUUCAAUGAUUCUAAUGGUGACUUGGUUGAGUCUAAGGAGUCACCAUCUAAUGCAACAGGGACUACAAAAGAAUCUUCUGGGAAUGAUGAGUCAGAGUCUGCUGUAAAGAGUGAUGAGAGAGAGAAAGUAGAAUCUUCUGAAGUCUCAUCCCAAGAAGAAAGUAAUGACAAGGAAACCGAGACAAAAGAGAAAGAAGAGUCUUUGUCUCAGGAGGAAUCUAAAGAUGGAGAAACUGAGACGAAGGAGAAAGAAGAGUCUUCCUCUCAAGAAGAAAAUAAAGACAAAGAAGAGUCUUCCUCUCAAGAAGAAAGUAAAGACAAAGAAACUGAGACAAAGGAGAAAGAAGAUUCUUCCUCUCAAGAGGAAACUAAAGAUGGAAAAACUGAAACAAAGAUUAAAGAAGAGUCUUCAUCUCAAGAGGAAACAAAAGGUGGCGAAACCGAGACAAAGGAAAAAGAAGAAUCUUCCUCUCAAGAGGAAACUAAAGGUGGAGAAACCGAGACAAAGGAGAAAGAAGAAUCUUCCUCUCAAGAGGAAACUAAAGGUGGAGAAACCGCGACAAAGGAGAAAGAAAAUUCUUCCUCUCAAGAGGAAACUAAAGAUGGAGAAACUGAGGCAAAGAUUAAAGAAGAGUCUUCCUCUCAGGAGGAAACUAAAGAUGGUGGAACUGAGACAAAGGAGAAAGAAAAAUCUUCGUCUCAAGAGGAAUCUAAAGACAAGGAAACCAAGACCAAGGAGAAAGAAGAGUCUUUGUUGCAAGAGAAGAGCGAAGACAAGGAACCCGAGAAAAUUGUGAAAGAGGAAGAGUCUUCUUCCCAAGAGGAAACGAAAGAUAAGGAAACUGAGACAAAGGCGAAAGAAGAGUCUUCCUCUCAAGAGGAGACAAAGGAGAAAGAAGUGGAGACAAAGUUGAAAGAAGAAUCUUCUUCCCAAGAGGAAACUGAGACAAAGGAGAAAGAAGAGCUUUCGUCUCAAGAGGAAUCUAAAGAGAAAGUAGUGGAGACAAAGGAGAAAGAAGUGGAGACAAAGGAGAAAGAAGAGUCUUCAUCCAACAAUAAUUCACAGGGAAAUGACAUUACUGAGAGUGAGAAGAAGGAACAAGUUGAGGAAACCGAGAAGAAAACUGAGGAAGACACAAGUGAAUCUAGCAAAGAAAAUGGCAGUACUGAGACUGAACAGAAGCAACCAGAGGAUACUUCAGAAACUACACAAACAGAGUCAGAAAAAGAGGAAAGCAACAAGAAUGGUGAGACAGAAGUGGUGGUGACUGAGAAUGAUCAAGAACAUUCUGAGAACAGUCUUCCACAAGAAGUAAAAGAUGUGCGUACUGAUCUUGAAACUCUGCCAGAUUCUGGCAAUGGAGGAAACAAUGAUAACGUUGCGGCUGAGUAGAUCUCCUCCUCUCGUUUAGCAAAUUCUCUCAUUGAUGUUGUUUAGUAAAGAUUUUGAAAUUUUGUGUCAUGUAAUUUGUUGUAACCUUUCUUUUUUUACACACAUGGGAAGUAAUUCCAAAGCAUAGUGUUUAUUUUGUUGUUCUCAGUUGUCUUCAGAAUCAAAUUCUUGACACUUCAUUAUCAAUGGA